AGCACAAUGUAGAAUGGCGAGGACCUGUGGAGCACCAGUCACUACAAGGGUCAGCGGGACAGAUUCACUAGAACGCAUUAACUCCUGAGGAAAGUUGUUUGUAAAACUUAUGAAAAAACCACACUGUUAAUGUGAUUGAAACUGUAGACAAGACAGCCAGGGGGGAUCAAUAACUCUAAACACUGCCACACAUCUUACCGACAUUUAACUUACAGGUUACUGUAAACGUCACGUUACUUUCUAUCAAUGUGGUUAUUGAAAAAGAAGGAAAGAAAGAAACCAGUGGUUUUCUUUAUGACUUCUGUCCGUGUUCCUGCUGGGUCUUUCAUACCGGGAAUCUUUCCACGUCAUUAGGACCUUCCCACAAGUUGUGCAAAGACAGAACAGAGGAAAGUGAACAACUUGAGCUGCAUGGAUUCCCAAAACCAAUACAAGUAUCAGCAUGCCACUUCAAGGAUGAAGCUAUCAGGAUCAAUAAGAAAAAUCACUGCUUUCCUAGUGUCUCGGCCAAAAAGUACCGGAACGCUGAAAGCACCAUAUGGUCUUCCGAAUUCCCAGUAGCAGCUGCCGGGGAAAGAAUAUUCUAAAUAUGCUUCGAUGCAACUUGCAGUGGCAUCUUGUCUUGCUAAAUUUCCUGACCUGUGGCCUGGAGAUCUGUGUGGCAGCUGGGAUUACAUAUGUUCCUCCAUUACUCCUGGAGGCUGGGGUUGAAGAGCAGUAUAUGACGAUGGUCUUAGGGAUCGGGCCAGUCUUGGGACUCCUGUUCAUACCUCUGAUCGGUUCAGCCAGUGACCACUGCACAAGCAGCUAUGGCCGGAGACGGCCCUUCAUCUGGCUGCUGUCUCUGGGGGUGCUGCUGGCUUUGUUCAUCAUCCCCCAAGCUGACAUGUUCGCCUUCUACUUCAGCUGGGGCGGACGGGCCAUGCACGUGGCCUUCCUCAUCCUGGGAGUGGGCCUGCUUGAUUUCUGCGGCCAGGUCUGCUUCACCCCGCUGGAAGCUCUGCUCUCUGACCUGUACCGGGAGGAGGAGGAUUGUGGGCAAGCCUUCGCCAUGUUUUCCUUCAUGGUCAGCCUGGGCGGCUGCAUCGGCUAUCUGCUCCCAGCCAUCAACUGGACCGACAGCUACCUCUCCGCCUACCUCGGCGGUCAAGAGGAGUGCCUCUUCUCCUUGCUCACCUUCAUCUUCAUUGUAAGUGUCCUUGUCACCAUGAAAGUCUCACAGGAGCCCACCUACCCCUCAGGGCGCCUGCUGCUGGAACCAAAGCCUUCAGAGAGUGCCAGGUCUGUGUCCCGCUCCUGCUGCUACCUUCUCAAGUGCAAGCUGAGGGUCUUCAAGUCAGGCCCUCUGAUUUGCAUGUUGCGGACUUGCUGGUCAAUGACCCCGGCCAUCUACCGCAGUUACUGCCACAUUCCCCGCGUCAUGAAGCAGCUGUGUGUAGCCCAGCUCUGCAGCUGGAUGGCCGUCAUGUCCUUCAUGCUGUUCUACACAGACUUUGUUGGGGAAGGGCUUUACGAAGGUGUCCCCAGUGCAGCACCAGGAACCGCAUCAAGACUUCGCUAUGAUGAAGGUAAUGAUGAAGGUAUUCGUAUGGGGAGCCUGGGCCUGUUUCUACAAUGUGCUACCUCAACGUUCUUCUCAAUAAUCAUGAGCAAACUUGUCAAACUGUUUGGGUCUAAGAGAGUCUAUUUGGCCAGCAUGGUCAGCUUCACCUUCUCUGCACUGGUGAUCUGCCUUUCCAAGAGCAUUGUGCUGGUCACCAUGAUGUCUGCACUAACCGGAUUUGCUUAUGCCACACUACAGACCCUGCCCUACACACUGACCUGUCAUUACCACAAGGAAAAGGAUAUCUAUAUGCCAAAAACAAAACCCAAAAAUAUGCUUAAAAAUGGAAUCACCAUAACCAGAGAGUCGGUUUAUCUGACUCCAGAUGAACAGUGCACCAUAAAUCACAACCACAAACAAAACGGACAUGUGUAUUUUGAGCCAGAGCACGCAGGCAGUUACGCUGCACAGAAUGACUCUGCCAGUGGUGGUGAUGGUGAGGAGGAGGAUUUUGGGAAGCGUGGCGUCGGCUUGGACUUUGCCAUCCUGGACAGCACCUUUCUGCUCUCGCAAGUCUUCCCCUCUUUCUUCAUGGGGAUGAUCGUUCAGUUUACAGAAUCUGUUACAGCUUACAUAGCCUCCUCCACUGUCUUUGGCUUGAUUGCGAUUUAUUUAGCCAAAAGCAUAGUGUUUGACCAAAAGGACCUGAAAUUCUGAGAGGAUGAAAAGAAAGAAGAAAAAGAAGGCGAUGGAGCAGCAUUAAAACUGCUGCCAACUGAGAAUGAUGUGAUCCAGGAAUACACCAUUUACUGAAGAUGACAUACAGCCCUGGAAACUGUCCACAUCGUCACUGAUUUCAGAAAAGCGAAGGACUUGAAACAUGAUGAUGAAAACAUGCUUCGGGUUCAGAUAAUGUGGAGCUGCAUGAACAGAUCAUCUGUGCUGUAAGUGUUGGAAUGUCUUGAGCUGUAAAGUUUAUGUUUUUCAACCAACAUGUAUAGACACCGUCUGUUCCAGUAAGCGUGUUGCACCAAAAAUAACAUGUAGUAGGCCUACCACUAAACCAUUUCAUCAGUGCAGUGUUGAAAGCCAAUGUCUAUCCUGAAGUGGAAAAAGAGGCAGUGAUUCAAACACUGUUUGAAACGAGUUCAAAGUCUAUGCAAAAUCUAUUAUUUUUUAUAACUUAAAAUAGUCGUUGGGUAUUAAAAACUAUAACAAUCCAAACAGUUAGAUAUAUUGCUAUUAAGGAAGUCUGUAACCAAUAACAAGCUCUAUGAGCAUUGUACAGUCAUUUGUGGCUGUAUUAAAACUUAAUUUAAACCUGAACUGUUUACAGGACUGUUUUUUAUCAACUCACCCUUUUUCGGUCCGUGAUUUAAAGGAACUGCACUACUAUAAAAAUAAACCAAGAACAAAGUUAUUCAGCCUCAAUGGCCUUCAGUUAUGCUUGAAUCUGUGAGGUUUUAAUUGCUUAUCUCACAAAUAAAAUUACUUUUGUCUACUGGCGAGUUAAUGUUAGUUGCUUGUGAAAUGCUAUCAUGUGAGCUAUAAUCCUGAGUGUACCCUCAAAUCUGUAAAACCUACUUGUUGUCAAAUGUUCUGAAGCAUCUUAUGGAAAUACACUUUAAAAGCACAAAUAUUGUCAUACUGUAGCUUGUUAAUAUUUCAUUUGGUUGUAUGUAUGAUUAUGCAUUCUCCCUGUUCUUUUUCUAUAUACAUGCAAUAAAUAUUUUGAAAUAUA